CAGCCUGUGGAAGCGACAGAUGAUGCCUUCUGGGAUCAAUUUUGGUCAGAUACUGCCACCUCUGUACAGGACGUGUUUGCUCUAAUCCCAGCUGCCGAGAUCCGUGCUGUUCGUGAAGAGUCCCCAUCAAAUCUAGCUACACUAUGUUACAAGGCUGUGGAAAAGCUGGUGGCUGGUGCCGACAGUGGGUGUCACUCAGACAAAGAAAGACAGAUGGUGUUGAAUUGUGCUCGGUUGCUGACUCGAGUACUACCGUACAUCUUCGAGGACCCAGACUGGAGGGGAUUUUUCUGGUCCUCGGUGCCUGGAGCAGGGAGGAGCCAGGAUGAGGAGGAUGAUGAAGACGGGUCUCGUCCUCUUGCUGAAUCUCUGCUUCUGGCUAUUGCAGACCUCCUCUUCUGCCCAGAUUUUACAGUACAGAGCCACAGAAGAAGUGGAACGGAUGCGGCAGAAGAUAUCCACACGUUAGACAGCUGUGAAUACAUCUGGGAGGCCGGUGUUGGCUUUGCACACUCUCCAACCCCUAACCAUGCACACGACCUCAACAGGACAGAACUGCUUAAACUACUAUUGACCUGCUUCUCAGAGGCCAUGUAUCUCCCACCAUCUUCAGAGAGUAGUAGCACCGCCAACCCAUGGGUGCAGUUUUUCUGCUCCACAGAAAACAGGCAUGCUCUGCCCCUCUUCACGUCUCUAUUGAAUGUAGUGUGUGCUUAUGAUCCUGUUGGAUAUGGGAUUCCGUACAAUCACCUCCUGUUCUGGGACUCGCGUGAGCCGCUGGUUGAGAUCUCUGCUCAGCUUUUAAUUGUAACACUAGAUUCUGAUCCGUCCACUUCCUCAGGGCCAAGCAUGGAUGGCACCACCACAAGCACUGCCAUGGACGAGGGUGAGAGCUCCGUACCAGACAAUCUUUUUGUGAAUUAUCUCUCCCGGAUCCAUAGAGAGGAGGAUUUCCAGUUUGUGCUGAAGGGCCUGGCCCGGUUACUCUUGAACCCCCUCACUCAGACAUACCUGCCAAACUCCACUAAGAAGAUCCAGUUUCACCAAGAAUUACUGGUCCUGUUCUGGAAACUGUGUGACUUCAACAAGAAGUUCCUGUUCUUUGUUCUGAAGAGCAGUGAUGUCCUGGAUAUACUGGUUCCAAUUCUGUACUUCCUGAACGAUGCACGAGCGGAUCAGUCCCGUGUUGGUCUUAUGCAUAUCGGAGUGUUUAUACUUCUGCUGCUUAGCGGUGAGAGGAAUUUUGGUGUUCGCUUGAACAAACCAUACUCUGUCAGAGUCCCGUUGGAUAUCCCGGUGUUUACAGGAACACAUGCAGACCUGCUCAUUGUGGUUUUCCAUAAGAUCAUCACCAGUGGACACCAGCGCCUGCAGCCAUUGUAUGACUGUCUGCUUACCAUCAUAGUGAAUGUAUCUCCAUACUUGAAAUCCCUUUCCAUGGUGGCUGCCAACAAGCUUCUACAUCUCCUUGAAGCUUUCUCCAGUCCUUGGUUCCUCUUCUCAUCUCCACAGAAUCAUCAUCUCGUCUUCUUCCUGCUUGAGGUUUUCAACAACAUUAUUCAGUACCAGUUUGAUGGUAAUUCUAGUUUAGUUUAUGCCAUUAUUCGGAAGCGCACUGUAUUUCACCAGAUGGCAAACCUGCCUUCAGAUCCUCCAUCCAUACAGCGAGCGCUGCAACGUAAAAAGAAACCGCCUGAGCCAAUAUUGCGCACGAACUCUCAAGAGGGAGCAUCAAUGGAAGGGUCACGUCCUGCUGCCCCAGCCGAGCCAGGCACUCUCAAAGCAAGUCUCAUAGCCACACCUGGUAUAGAAAAGCUUACAGAGAAAUCCCAGGUAUCAGAGGAUGGCACGCUACGCGCUGUUGACCCUGAUGUUCCAUCAUCACCUGGAGAGAGUGGACCAUCCCGUCCCCUGAGUGACACAGAGUCUCAGACUGGGGUGUGUGGGUGUUGCAUCAUUUUACAGAAAAAUCCUUUUUUUAUGCAUAAUUCAUUUUCUCUCUCCCUCUCCUCCCUUUAUAUACUGUCAAUUUCACAGUGGAAAGCCUCUACUCCUUUAGUAAGGCUACUUUCACACUGA